AUGGGCAGGGUCAUGGGGCACUUGUUUAUGCUGUGGGUGGCUGCAGGCAUGUGCUAUGCCACCUUCAGUACCUCUGCCUGGUCAGUGAACAAUUUCCUGGUAACAGGUCCCAAGGCCUAUAUGACCUACGCCACCAGUGUGGCCUUGGGCGCUCAGACUGGCACGGAAGAGUGUAAGUUCCAGUUUGCCUGGGAGCGGUGGAACUGCCCUGAGCAGGCUUUCCAGUUCUCCACCCACAACAGGCUGAGAGGAGCUACAAGGGAGUCAUCCUUCAUUCAUGCUAUCCGCUCUGCUGGAAUCGUGUACAUCAUCACUAAGAACUGCAGCAUGGGUGACUUUGACAACUGUGGCUGUGAUGGGUCAAAAAAUGGAAAAACAGGUGGCCAUGGCUGGAUCUGGGGAGGCUGCAGCGACAAUGUGGAAUUUGGGGAAAAGAUCUCCAGACUCUUCGUGGACAGCCUGGAGAAAGGGAAGGAUGCCAGGGCCCUGAUGAAUCUUCACAACAGCAGGGCCGGUAGGCUGGCAGUGAGGGCCUCCAUGAAAAGGACUUGCAAAUGUCAUGGCAUCUCAGGCAGCUGUAGCAUCCAGACGUGCUGGCUGCAACUGGCUGACUUCCGGGAGAUGGGAGACUACCUAAAGGCCAAGUAUGACCGCGCACAGAAAAUUGAGCUAGAUAAACGCCAACUAAGUGCUGGCAACAGAGCAGAGGGCCACUGGGCUCCCACAGAGGCUUUUCUUCCCAGCGCAGAGGCUGAGCUGAUCUUCUUGGAGGACUCACCUGACUACUGCACCCACAACGCCAGCCUGGGCAUCCUAGGCACAGAGGGACGUGAGUGCCUGCAGAAUGCGCGUGGUGCUUCCAGGAGGGAGCGGCGCAGCUGUGGGCGCUUAUGCACCGAGUGUGGCCUGCAGGUGGAAGAGAGGAGAACAGAGACCAUGAGCAGCUGUAACUGCAACUUUAAGUGGUGCUGCACGGUGAAGUGUGGCCAGUGCAAGCGCGUGGUGAACAGGUACUACUGCACACGCCCAGACGGUAGUGUCCGGCCUCGGCCUCCGCCUCGGGGCAGGGGCAAGGGCAGUGCUUGA